CCGCGGUGUUCCCGCAGCUUUCCCAACUCUAAUCGAACUCAAUCGGGUGUCGUUUUGCCGGGAGACCGUGUUAAACGAUUGUCUGCACAGUAGGGAAGGUGCUCUUUUCAGUGGGGAUUAAGUAGCUUUUGGCAAAGUCCUCAGGGGAGGGCAGAAAUCCAGUCUGCGAGAGAGGAAACAGACUUUGCGCCGAUUUCUCCUGUGCAUGCGGCGAUUCGACUGGAGUCGGUGGGGCCCUGCGUCCGCCCUGUGGCUGUGAUCCGGUUUGGUUUUUGGGCUCUGCCGCGAUUUAAUGCAUGACACGAAGAGUUUCCGGGAGGAGCUGUGGCCCCGUCUGUGCCCCUUUGUGCACCCAGUCUUCCAGCAGUCGGUGCAUGGCCCAUCCUUCCCGUUUGUGUGGUCCCGGCGUCCCCGCAGCCUUCCCCGCCUAGAGCUGUCAGCCCUGCCGCGGCCGCGCUGCCCCGAUGAGCAGCUCAUUGAGAGUCUGUAAACAAUUUUCAGGGAUUGUGGAAACCAGAGAAGUGGGUAAAGCGAGUAGGGUGCUGGAGUUGUACAACCCUCUCGAAUGGGCUCGCUUCUUGUGUAUCCGAGGGUAGCGUGCCUGAGAGUGGCGAGUCUGCAGAAAGAGCACAUUCAGAGAUUUCCUUAGCUCGCCGGAGCCUGGAGGGAAAGCUUCAAAUGUCUGAGCUGACCCAAAGUUUCAGCGUCAUCAGCUAACUUUCCAAAUCCUAAGUCAUGGAGGUGAAUCAGGAGACAUCUCUCUUCCUGGUGAAGAUCUUGGAGGAGUUGGACAGCAAGCAAAACACCGUGUCUUACCAGGACUUGUGCAGAUCUCUGUGUACUCGCUUUGACCUGUCCCAGCUCACUAAACUGAGAAGCGUGCUUUUCUACACGGCUUGUCUUGAUCCCAACUUCCCAGCCACAUUAUUCAAAGACAAGAUGAAGUGCACUGUGAAUAACCAGCAGUCAAAGAAGAUCAUGGUGGCAGCAGAUAUUGUGACAAUAUUCAACCUGAUCCAGAUGAGCGGGGGUGCCGCCAAGGAGAAGCUGCCCACGGGCCACCCCAAGGUGCGCAAGAAGGGAGCCUCCUUUGAAUCGUGCAGGUCAGACACGGAGGUCUGUGGUGUGGAUGAGUGUGAGCCCUUAACCUGUGAAUUGAGUGAGCGGCCCUUCAGCCGUGGCUACCCCACCCGGCAGUCUGCCAAGUGCCGGAAAAGGGACUGCAAGGACUGUCCACAGUUCGUCCCUGCCUCAGAGCCCAACUUCCUGCUGGGUGUCAGCAAGGAGGGGAAGAGCCGGGCCGCCUCCCUUGACAGGCUGCAGGCCCUGGGCCCUUACUCAGUGGCCAGCCCUCAGCCCUGCGAGAUGCAGAGGACGUACUUUCCCAUGAACCUGGAGAGCGAGUCAGUGUCAGGCCAGGAGCCCCUGCCCAUCAGCCAGGGGCUCAAGGAGACCUUCAUCCCCCCCGAGGAGCCCUUUGUGGUCCAGUCCUGCGUGCAGAAAAGAAACAUUUUCAAAGAAGACUUUCACAACCUCAUGCCAGUGUCUCCCAGCUUGGUUGGCCCAGGCAACAAGGCCGACAAGGGUGAGCAUGGGGAGCCCCAGGGCCACAAGGAGCCCCACAAGCCCCCAUUCUUCAAUCACAGCUUUGAGAUGCCCUACCACAACCAGUACCUGAAUCCUAUGUAUUCCCCUGUUCCUGACAAGCGGCGAGUGAAGCAUGAGAGCUUAGAUGAUCUCCAAGCCUCUACCUACUUCGGACCCACUCCAGUGAUGGGGACCCAGGACGCCAGGCACUGUCUGGGGCGGCCCAGCAAGCAGACUCCCUGGCCAGUCAAGAGCUGGAGCCUGAACACUGAGGAGGUCCCAGACUUUGAGCGGUCCUUUUUCAACAGAAAUCCCUCUGAGCAGAAGCUACACUACCCAAAUCCCAGCAGCCAGACCCCUAAUUUCUCAGCCCUAGACAGGCAUCCAGCUUACUUAGUGCCAAAGGAUCCACAGCAAAUUCUACCUGUUGGCUAUGUGGCCAAGCCAAAUGGGCUCAAAUCCAAGGAGCUCUCUUCUCCUGUUGACCUGGAGAAGUUUGAACCAGCAAAGAAGUUCAAGGACAAGAGCAUUGGCUGUGCCAGCCGGCAGGUCAGCUCUGACACCAGCAGUGUGGGUACCCAGACAGAGCAGCACGCGAUGGAGCCCAAGAAAUGCAAAGAUCUGUGCGCAGCGGCUCAGGGCAAGUAUGGAGACAGACACGCUGGGAAGCACUCGGAUGACGACUCCGAGGUCGUCAGCGAGGACAUCAGCGACAUCUUCCGAUUUCUCGAUGACAUGAGCGUCAGUGGCUCCACUGGGGUAAUACAUUCAUCCUGCUACAACAGCACUGGAUCCCUGUCUCAGCUCCACAAAUCAGACUGUGACAGCUCCCCAGAACACAACCUCACCAGAAUUACCAGCGGGGUCCGCAACAGCAAGGCAGAUGAGGGCAGCCGGCCUGAAAACCUGCACCACUCAGAGCAGGAGCUGAAGACCAGUGUGUGCAAGCUGGUGCGCAGGAUUGGGGAGAUCGAGAGGAAGCUUGAGUCACUGUCGGGUGUCCGAGAGGAGAUCUCUCAGGUCCUUGGCAAGCUGAACAAGCUGGACCAGAAGAUGCAGCAGCCAGAGCAGGUGCAUGUGCACAUGGAUCUGAACUCUUUGACCAGCGAGGCCCCAUCCUAUGACAGCACCUCCCCCAGAGUAUUCCGCGCCCACGACAGCACCCACACACCCAAGCUAGAGCCCAGUGUGGAGUGGUGCUGCUCGGAUGCCAGUGGCAGCAACAGUGAAAGUCUGCGCGUUAAGGCCCUGAAGAAAAGGCUCUUUGCCAGGCCAUCCUCCAGGUCCCUGACUGAGGAGAACAGUGCCACCGAGUCCAAAAUAGCCAGCAUCUCCAAUUCCCCCCGAGACUGGCGCACCAUCACCUAUACCAGCCGUGUGGGGCCCAGUGAGGAGGAGGUGAAGGAUGCAGGUCCGGGAGACACCAAGGACUGGCACCGGAAAUCCAAAGAGGCUGACAGGCAAUAUGAUGUCCCCCCACAGCACCACCUGCCCAAGCAACCCAAGGAUGGCUUCCUGGUGGAGCAGGUGUUCAGCCCCCACCCCUACCCUGCGUCCCUCAAGGCCCACAUGAAGAGCAACCCCCUGUACACAGACAUGAGGCUGACGGAGCUGGCUGAGGUACGGCGGGGGCAACCCUCCUGGACAGUGGAGGAGUAUGCGCGGAAUGCCGGCGACAAAGGCAAGCUGGCGGCCCUGGACCUGCAGACACAAGAAUCUUUAAAUCCAAACAACUUAGAGUAUUGGAUGGAAGACAUUUAUACUCCAGGCUAUGAUUCAUUACUGAAACGGAAAGAAGCUGAAUUCAGACGAGCCAAGGUCUGCAAGAUAGCUGCUCUGAUUGCGGCUGCUACGUGCACUGUCAUCCUUGUCAUUGUUGUGCCCAUCUGCACCAUGAAGUCGUGAGCCCAUGGACUGGUCUUGUGUGCAGCUUACCGUGACCCAUGUCUUCCUCUGUGGUUUUUUUUUUUGGUACCGGGGAUCGAACUCAGGUCCUUGCGCUUGCGAGGCAGGCAGCGGAACCACUGAGCUAAAUCCCCAGCCCUCUUCCUCUGUGUUUUAAAAGCUUGCAGCAGUGUGGCCACAGAUGAUUGAAGUAAAGAUGAAAUCAUGGAAUCUUUUCUGUAAAUGCUAAAGGUAGUCUUAAGAGCAUAUAUAGAGAGACAUUUACCUACCUAUUAGCUUUGACUUAAUUAUACUCUUGAUGCAUUUUUAGAAGUGCAGUAUCUUUUCCUACCAAAAGAAUGUAAUGGACUAUCAGUAAAUCCAAAUUAAAUAUACUAAGCAAAAAAAAGGGGAAGAUUAAUUGCAUUCUUCCCGUAUUGAUGAUGUUUUGUGGCGGGGUAUAAAUUAUACAGAGGGUAUUUAAUACAUGUCUCCUUGGAAGAGCCAAGGGAGAUGGGAAGAUGAGAAAACAAGGGCUGAGCUGUUUUCCUUACUGCUCUGAGGCCAUUGCUGGUAAAGAAAUAGGGUGUGUGUCCUUCAAGGAUCUGACUUCUUGCUGACUUUUCUCAAGGGCUGCUGACUUCGUGCUUGCCCUUCUCUCAACACUGCAGCAGAGUGUCUGCCUCAUUGUGGAUCUUCAUGGGAACAGGCUGGACAUUCCUCCUUGUGCCCAGGGGAGAAAGAAGUGAGAUUACCAAGCCAAGCAUGGCCCAAAUUGUGCUCUUUCUGCAGAACAGGCCAAGGCAUUCAGGCCUGGAGACCUUCUGGUCCCCAACCCAUGAUAUGCAGGAGCUGCUUGCUGCUGGUGCAAGGUCAAUAUUCAGAAGUCAUAGCCGCCCCUAAGGAUGUCCCCCUCUUGCUUUGGCAUGUGGCCCCACUCCUAAACUCUCUCUCCCAGUGGUACUAGAUGUUUUACUCUGAAGAGUUUGGAACUUGUCCUUGUGCCUUGAAGAGCAGAGACAGUGGCAAAAUGUCAAUAUUAUAACCACAGUUUUCAUGCACCACUGGUGUCAGCCAUUCCUAAUGGCUUUAAAAAAAUAUUGAAAGCUUGUUGAACAAUAUGAUACUGGCACUGAGGUCUUCUCAACUACCCAACACCUACUCCACGGUUUGGAAAACUUGUCAGCAGUGCAAAAAAUAGCAUCUAUUUAACCAUUUAUCUAGCUACAUGUCUGUCUGGAUACCUAAUUUUCAUUUAUGUCUUCUCUGUUAACUAACUGGAGAACAAGGUUUUCCCAGUGUAAUUUCGUCCUAGGGUGAUCUGGCUUCCACCUGCAGAAUGGUGCUCAGACAGUAACUGGACAGAACGAAUCCUUAUCAACAUCUGCAUCUCUUGUCUUGUUACAUGUUAAAGAAAAGAUGAUUGACAGAAAUUAGCAACCUUAAAUUCUUUUGAUAGCAAAGUAGGAUAUACAUUAAUUUUGACAGGAUCGUCAUUUUGGAUGGAAUGAUAAAUUCCUGCAGGUGGGAUUUGGGAAGCAUCUCAAUUUUUAAAGCAAUAGGAGUCCAGCAAUCAUCCUAAACAAUCCCAACAAUGCUUAGCUUGCUGUAUCUAAUUCACUGUCCAUUAUUAAGGGGUAGUCAGUGCAUUUUUCGAUGUUAACAAACAAAGAAUGGAUGCUGUCAUCUGUAGGAACCUUUAUUUUAGAGGUCUUCAUGUUAUCUAUUUUCAUGUUUAUGGUGGAUUUUCAAUUAGGUGACUGAAGCUUAAGCCUUAGUAUGGAGGGUUUAUAAUUGAAAAUGAAAAAAAUAUAUCUACAUAUUAUUGUCUGUUGUCAGAAUUUUAGUCUUUUGGUGCUCUGUUUUAGAUUGGGCACAUUAAAUAAGGUUGUUUCACUCCAAAGAAGGUACUAGCUGACACCCUUGGGAGUAUCCCCCCACCCCCCGUCCACUUCAACCAGUAAGACUCUACACCACAUUCUAAUCCUGCCACUUUCCUCUUUAUCACAGAUUAAGCUGUCAGAGCAUCAGAGAUAGUAGUUCCCAACCUCUUGCUCUGUGAUUUGUAAAACACUAGAGAUGUGCUCACCCAGAAUAAGGAAAAUCUUAUCAGAUCCCAACCUGACUCCUCCAUCUGGCAGGUAGGAUCUUGGGGGCUGGACCAAACUGCUUUGUCACUGCCCAUGGGUGAAACUAUUCUUACUGGGCCCUAUGGGCCAUGUGCCUAGUUACCUAGGGGAUGAGGCGAAGCCUCACCUCAAGCAUGGAAGUAGGAGGGCACUGUAAAAUUUUCCUUUGCCUUUAUCAUGUCUUGGGAGGUAGCCAGAGAAAAUCCAUUUUGCUCUAAGUGCAGUAGAACUGUAAAAUUCAGCUCACUGUUCUUGCUACCUAAUGGAAACAACCAGACCUGGUAAUGCCAUGGGAGAGCAGGUAACAGGGCCAAAGGUAAGGUGGGCACGGAAUCCCUUGUUGAAGGAUGGACCUUUGCCAUUCUCAAGGCUCAUAGAUGCUUGGGGUCUGGGGAUCUACAGAAGGUAAAAUUUAAAAUUGGAUCCUUACUCCCUUGACCAAGUUUGCCCUACCCUUCCUCCCUUGGGCUCCAGACUCCCCCAGCUCCUCCCAUCCCUCAGUCUGCAGAGUGGAGCAAGACAGAGUCUGGCCAAGAAGGGAGCAGCUGUCCAUUCCUCCAGUGUCUUUAUCCUGUCCCUCAUGUAGGCUUCAGUGAGCUCCCAGGUGAUGGAGGGUGGCCUCCCUUCUGCACUGGGGCCAUCUUGCAGCACGCUCCUUGGCACUGUCACAUCAAGUACAAUUUCUUCUGCCCAAGUCUUGUACUCCACAUGAUCAAAAUUCAUUUCGUUUUUCUUGCAUUUUAAAAAAUAAUCAGGUGAUAUUCUUGAAGGGAUUAUUUUGAAGUCCAAUGUCCUUAGCCAAUGAUUAAAUUCAGAAUUGCUUUCUCCUCUUUUCUAAUCUGAAUUUGUUUUGAACACAGCCUUGCAGAAAAGCCAAAAAGAAAGAAAGAAAAUUUCCCUGCUCACAGAUUUCAGACAUUUCAUACCAGUUCUCCCAUGUUUAACCUGGAGAUACAGUGAAGCUGAUCAUACUCAUGUCACCCAUUACUUGCUGAUCAUAUGUAUUUUGGGGCAUGCAGUCAAUGACUGAUAUCUGCAAGGCUAGUUUAGUCUGUGUGUUAAAUCACUAUCCUGAGUGUCUGUGCCAUAGUCUGAUACCCUUACUGGAAUCUAGGCAGUGUGUUUUUUUGUUUACAGUGACACCUCAUUUGUUUGUUUUUUAAAAAAAACCCUCUGCCAACAAUAAAAGAUUCUAUUAAGUGGUAUAAAAUUUGUGAAUGUUGAAAUUCAACGUGCUUCAUAUUAUAACCAACCUGCAAGGAUAUUGUGAUCAAUUGUAUGAAUACCAAAUCAAUAUAUACUGUAUAUUGUAUCACAGAAAUUUGUAUUUAAAGGCAAAGAUACAAGUGAUUGUUCGUACACCUGGAGAAAAGGGUAUUAGCUGUUUAUUCAGUAACAAUGAGAAAUGCAACAAACUUCCUUAUUUAUGCCUUAUGAACAAAAGAGUGUGAAAUACAAGGUGAAGUUUUAUGUGCAAGACCCUAUGGGAUGGGUAUCCACAAAGGCAGGGACCUUGUCUUUUCUGCGUUUGUUCUGUACAGCUCUCAGCACACUCUUGGUGCUUGAUAAAUGUUAUAUAAUACCAAUAACUAAGCACAUUUUUAGAUCUUUUUUCAAAUGGCUUGUGUAAAAUUUGGUUAAUGUAAAAUGGUUGGUUUGAAGCUAUCAUGUAAAAUCUGCCUCUCCAAAUAUAAUCAGAAAUAAACUGGAGACUGUAAAAUAUCUGGCAGCAAGAUUUUAUUCUAUGCACAGAUUGUAAGUGUUCAGUUUUAUGCAUACAGAGUGAGUGUCCAGCUUGAUGUUUUUACAUACAUUGAACACUUCCAUGGAGUCAGCACCCAGAGCAAAACCAGAACAUCUAAGCAUCCAGACAGGCCCUCCAGUUAAAAAUCCUGCAAAGAAAAAACACCCUCCUGUUCUCUAAGAAGACAGCUUAGCUUAGCUUAGCUGUUUCUGAGUGUUAUGUAAAUUUAACCAGAUAGCGUGUACUCUUUUGUGUCUUUUAUCACUCAAGUCAAUGUUGGCAAGAAAUCCCCAUGCUGUGGUGUGUUUGUAUUCCUCUCAUUCCCGCUUCAGUCACUUCUUGGGAUUAUGUCGUGACUGACUUACCAUUUCAUCACUGAGUGGACAUUUAGGUGGUGUCUACAUUAGGGCUGUGUGUUCUGGUCAGCGUUCUUGUAACUCAUAUGCCCAGGAGUAAAGCUUUUGUGUCAUGAGACAUGCCAGUGCUUUGGUUCUGUGGAUACUGCCAGAACCUUGUUCAGCAUGGUUCCACCAGCUAUACUGUCAUCCGGGGUACACUUGGAGGUUCCCUUCUCCACAUCCCAUUCAGCAGUUGCUAGUGUCUUUCAUUUUAGCCAUUCUGCUGAGUGUGUAGUAUAAUCUCAUUGUGUGUUUAAUUAGCAUUUCUCUGAUGACUAAUGAGAUUUGCUACCUUUUUGUAUGUUUAUCGGUAAUUUGGACACCCUGUUUUGUGAAGUGCUUGUUUAUGUUUGUAUCCAGUUUUCUAUAGGGUUGUGUGUUUUUUAUAUAUUACAAAAAUGAAUUCUUUGAUAUAUUACAAAUGUUAUUUUUCCAUUCAGUGAACUAUAUUUUUACUGUCUUGAUGAUAUCUUUUUGAUGAAUGAAAGUUCUUGAUUUUAAUACAGAAAUUCAUUAUUUUUCCCAUUGUGAUUGGCAAUUUAGUCCUGCUUAAGAAAUCUUUAUCUGACCUUUAAGAAAAAUUAUGAAGAUGCUCCAAGUUUUCUUCUAGAAGUUCUGUUUUACUUUUUGUAGAUCUGUACUCCUGCUGAAAUUCGUAUUUGUACAUGACGUGAAGCAGGAGAUGAAGACGUUUGUUUCAUAUUUGAUUAUCCACUAAUCAGUGGCAUUUAUUAGGUUUUGGGGCUCUUUAUUCUCUCCAGUGGUCCAGUCUUUUCCUUUCACUAAGCACAGCCUCCCUCAGUGUAAUUUCCUCCCAGAGGCACUUGGGUGUCCUCACCUUGGAAGCAGUGGGUAGAGCUGACAAAGGAAGUCAUCUCAGCACCUUUCUCACAGAUGAGAUCACAGCAUGGAGGAGGAAGAUGGUGAAAAGAGAGCAUGUCGGCUCCUUUUAUCCCUUCUACCAUUUACAAAUGUCACCGGCUUCCCUGCUUGAGUCAUUAAGGAAAAGUAAUUACUUUAAGCAUGAGUCACAGCACAUUGAAAAAAGCAAUUAAUAUCUUGACAUCUAAACACAGAAAGAAAUCUCUGACAAGAUCUCGGAGAAUGUCAGGGUAACUAUCCAACAGUGGGCAUAAGAAUGCUUUUUAGUUUUGCAGUAAAAUAUAAAUUCAGACUCAAGGAUUCAAAGUUUGCAUUUAGCUGGACUGGAUCUAGAUUGAAUGUUAAGUGCUCUGAAAAAAGUGAAUUAAGAAAUAAUGUGGAAGUUAUCUUGUAGGGAAAAAAUGUUUAUUCUCCCAAAGAGGACAAAUCAAUAUGCAAUAUGCUAUGGUGAGGCAUUUUAAUCUAUCAUUAAUUUACCCCCCCCAAGGACUAGCAAAAGUCAAUACUUGGUUAAGUUACUUCACAUUAUCAGAUGUACUUUUUUGAAAAGUAUACACCAUCUCCUAGGGCUCUAAAUGUCAGGCUUUAGUAGUUCCCACUGGCUUUCUCCACUGUAAGCCUGAAUUAUUGAGCUUUCUCUGUACGUGGAUUUAGUUUAUAUUUUCGUCAGUCUUUGUGAUGGAAAGCAAAGGGACAAGGUCCACGUGACUUUACAGAGAAGUGAUACUAUAUCAUGUGAAAAAUAAGGUAGGACCUGAGAACAGCAAGAUGCUGAGUUUCUGGCAUUUCCACCAUUGGAACGUGGCUCUUGUAAACACUGUCUUUGCUGUCUUAAAAUUGGCUUUGGCUCAUAGCAGAUUAUGCAAAUUCCUGAAAGAUUCAUUAAAUCCUGUACAUAAAAUUAUUGUUAGGAAUCAGCAGUGCAAGUAUGGUUAAUUGCAAAUACUGUUUCCUUUCAUUUUUCAAGGAAAGCACUUAAUAAAUUAUGCCUAAUAAGUCACUGAGUAAUAGAAGAAAUGUACAUGGUAUUUUCAUGCUGGUUACUCCCAGCCACGUUCUACAUUUUAAUGAUUCUUGCAUAAUUUCAAAAGUCCCAAGGAGGGAGCCUAUCCUAACUCAUUUUUCUCUGGACCAAUGCUGUUUGAUUUGGAUGUCUCAGCCUGGCCAAAUUAGCAUCUUGCUGCUUUCUUAUUAAAGUUCAUUGUUACAAUUAGCAAUGUACAAGUGACCUAUAUAUUUCUUUUCUAAGUCAACCUUUUUGUUUAUUAAUUU